AUGUCAUUAGAUGCCAUGCCUUUACCCACACAACCUAUUUUAUACAUGCGCGUGGGCCCAACGACUCAUGAGUUGUUUCUCCAGGUGGUUUCCAAGCUGUGUCAUUCGGAAACAGCGCAUCGAGACUAUGUGGUUGAUCCAUCUAGUCUUUUAAGUCGAUCCGUCUAUCUAAAUAAACCAAUCAUUAUCGUCACAGUGAACUACCGCCUCAAUAUAUUUGCUUUCGGAGACGAAACCAGCGAUCCAAACCUGGCUCUCAAAGAUCAAAGAGCUGCGCUGGAAUAUGUCAGGCUGCAUAUUGCUGGAUUUGGUGGAGACCCAGAAAACAUCACGAUUGCUGGAGAGAGUGCCGGCGCCAUGUACUCUCAUGCGCACGCGGUAAUGGGUGCCCCAGUUCGCCAGUGUAUCCUGCAAUCCGGCACAAUGUAUUUAUCACCUCCCCAGCCACCCGAGGCCACUUCUGCUCUGAGAAAACGAUUGAGCAUUAUCCUUUCGUCUCUUGGAGGCUAUGAUCUGCGUACCGCUCCUGCUUCCCAUCUUCUAGAGGCCCAGGCGAAGAUGGGGUUGAUGUCAUAUUACAUCCAGAUGGAACCGAAGCUGGAGGGCUGGCAACAAAAAUGGGGGAAUGUUGAGAGAAUCGCCAUUGGUGACAAUGAGUAUGAGUCCGCUAUCUGGAAGAUUGGAAUUGACGCUUUGGAGCCCUCAACAAUCUGCAGCGCAUUUGACCUCGCAGGAUCGUGCGAAAAAGCCGAGCUACUCAAAAGAGUGUACGGUAUAGUUCCUGGUCGUGCUAUUUCUUGCAAAUUAGGCGCUCUUGACUUCCUGAAUGACGUCCGUUUCACCCUGCCCACAGGCCUUGUUGCCGAGCAGAGCCGCCGUGCUCGGCGUCCUGUCUUUGGCUUCUUGAUAGACCAGCCCAAUCCAUGGCAGUCAUCCAGCCGAGCGCAUCACGGAGUUGACUUGCUUUAUCUGUUUCGGGGCUUCAACUUUCCUGAUCAAUCGGCGUGGAAGGUGUCGGAAGAAAUGCAGCGAAAAUGGAUUGAGUUUAUUUCCGGGGAGGAUCCUUGGCAGGAAGGGCGAUUCUACGCCUUUGGGCCCUUUGGGAGAUGUGAAGAAGUGAAUGUUGCUGAUCGAAGAAGAUAUCGUCACUUAGACGCUGUGUUGGAGGCUGGCCCGCAAAAUAUAGAAGCCGUGUUCAAAGCCAUCGCGGCUGGGCGAACCAGUCUUUUGAGUUGA